AUGGCAAUCACGCAAGAUGGCAUGGACGCUAUAUCCCGGUCGGUGUUCAUCCCCGUCAUGCUGGUGUUAGACGUGUGGGUGUUCCAGAAUCUUGUGGCAGUCUACUACUCCAGAAGAAAAGAGUUCCGCGUGCGCUCCCUGCUGUUGGCUGCUCUUUUGGGGUUUGUGACGCAGGUUUACUCGCACGACAACCGCGAGAUGGCCCUGGAGCUCAACGACAUCUCCGAGACGAGUUUGCAAUUAACGUUCGUCACUCAGAUCACUCUCAUCGGUCGCGCUGUCUGCAAAAAGGUCAAGCUUCGCUCCAUCUUCUACUUCACGUACACUGCGGAUGCGCUGGGCGACGUCCUCAGCUUGAUUGGGAACGUGCUCGAGUCGACGUCGCUCAUCUUCGUCAUAGUGUUUCGCUUUUACUACUUGUCACUCACCCACGGGCUCAAGACUGUGCUUGAAGAGCGAAAAUUCGAGAUGUUUCUGUACGUGCUACUGGUCAUUCACGAGUUCCCGUUCAUGAUGCUUGAAUACUACACUGGAGUCACGUGGGAGUUCGCCCAGGGAAUUGGCAACCGUGUGUUCGUCGUGGCGUGCAUCGUGCAGAAUAUCCGUCAUAAGGCGAUUUCAAGCAGAAGCAGCAGCAAAAGCAGCAACAAGAACUCCACCGUGAGAAGCAAGCGCUAUGCGCCUGCUCCAGUGCAGAAGCAACUGGCAGCACCAACGACCCACACACCAGCUCUGAAGUCGACUUCGGUAAAACCCGGGUCAUUCUCAACCACAAAGAUCGCUGUCACCUCCAUAAGAGAGCAUAGCACUGCGACGUAG